AUGCUUAAUUUUAUACGUAGUUUCUCAUAGCAAAAAUGUAAUGCAAACUUUUUAAACAUUAGAACCCCAAAAACCACCAGAAUAGCAAUAAACACAAUAACAAACAAAAUAGAACUUUUAUUCUACUGUGCCAAAAUUAAGGGAGAAAUUUGCAGAGGAACUUUUUAAUUUAGAAAUGGAUGUCGAAUCUGAUAAUGUUUAAAUGGAUACCAUUAUGCAAUUAAUUAAUUUAUAUAAAGAAGCUGUAGAAUAUUUUGAAGCCAUUCAUUCAAAUAAAUAUCUAAUAUUCAAGAAUAAAAUUUAAAACUUGUUUGCAAAAAAGAAUGUGAUGAAUGCUAUGAAGAUGAAUUAAAAAAAGUCUCCAACUUUGGAUGUCAAAUAGAAACUUUAGUAAAUUAGGUAAGUUGAUUAAAAAUAAAAUGCUGAUGAUUUGAUUAACUAACAUCAAUAAAAAGUAUAAAAAAAAUAUUAGUUUUUCAUUAGUAAGAGUAAUUGAACACUUUAAUUCAUAAUAAUCUUGAAGCUCAAAACAAUGUUAUAUAAGAGAGAUUAUAAAAAAGAAGAAAUAGUCAAGUGAGAUAAAAUCAAACUAUAUCUGUUUAAGAAACAACAGAUUGUUCUGCCCCUCAAUUCAAUCCAUGUCAUACUCCUUAAAUAAAGACACCAUCUAGAUAGUACAGGGGCAGACAAACUUUUGAUUCAUGA